AUGGCGGCUUUAAUAAAUUAUAGACCGGACCAAAGUUAUCGUUCAGUUGAAAAUUAUAGUUUUAGUGCUAUAAAUGAAACAGUGCAGCCACAAUCUCAGUUUGAACCAGUAGAUAUAUACUCAAUGAAUUCAAGUGACAUGCAAAAUAAUGAAAAAACAUCGAGAAUUCGUGAUUUCUUUCUUCGGUGCUGUUCGUGUUGUUGUAGUUCUACGUCUAAUGAUAAUAAUGAUUCUCCAUUAGAUGGCUCUAAUUCAGCUCUAGUGGGACAUGUUGGCCGUAGUUAUACCUUAAAUACAGAGGCAAUCAAUCCAGUGGUGCAACGCGCAGUCCCAACCGUUACUAUUACUAAAGUAAUAGAUAACGACUCUAUAAAAUCUACACAACUCUUGUUAAACAGUGAAAAAGAUGCAAGUCCUACUUUUGCUAAAAUUAAAGUGAAAAAAGAAAAGGGAAGUCAAAGUGAAAGUUUAUAUGAUUCAGGACAUAAUAGUAGAAGCAGCACCCUUAAAACUGGUGAGAAAGCGUCAUUCAUUCGCGAAAUUUUGAACUGUCGGGAUUCUUUUAUAAGGUCUUUAGAAUUGUGCGACAAUUCCCUUACGAGAGGCAAAAAGUAUCGUUUCAUAGUGCGUGAUGAUUGGUUAGACGAAGAAAACAAUGAUGAAGUCUACAUGUCGGAAGCGAUGUCAUCUCCUGGUCACGCCACGCUCCCAAAACGCUCUAACUCACCGCUGCCCAAUGAACGAGACUUGGACAGAGAUAGGUUCCCUAUCAACAGAAGCGGCUUACAAGCGCGAUCUGAGUCCAUGGCAUCAGUUUAUUCAGGAGCCGGUGAGGGCUUGCGAGGGAGCGUGACCGUGCGUGGAGAAGUGCAGUUCUCACUUGUGUAUAACUAUAGACUAGGGGCUUUAGAGGUAGGAGUCAAGCGUUGCAGAGAUCUGGCACCUAUUGAUGUCAAGCGAAACCGCUCGGAUCCUUAUGUUAAGGUGUACUUGUUACCCGACAAGUCCAAGGCUGGCAAACGGAAGACGAAGGUGAAGAAGAACACGUUGAGUCCCGUGUUCGAGGAGACGCUGACAUUCUCGCAGCCGCUGAGCUCGCUGUCCUCACGCACGCUGUGGCUGAGCGUGUGGCACGCGGAUAUGUUCGGCCGUAACGACUUCCUCGGGGAGGUGACGCUGCCGCUAGCCGACGUCGUUUUUGACGACCCCGCGCCUAUGUGGUAUAAGCUUCACGAGAGGACGGAGCAGUUCGACGAGCAACAAGGCUCUCGCGGAGACCUAAUCAUAGGUCUGAAGUUCGAGUUGCAAGACGCGGCGCGUGGGAAGGGCACGCUCCACGUACUUGUGAAGGAAGCCAAGAAUCUCGUCGCUACUAAACCUAACGGACUUGCUGACGUAUUUUGUAAAAGCUACUUGCUACCGGAGCGCGGUCGUCUCACCAAGCAGAAGACGAGCGUGUGUCGGCGCACGCUGCACCCGCGCUGGGAGCACACGUUCACGUACCGCGGCGUGGGCGCGCGGGAGCUCGCGACGCGCGCGCUGGAGCUCAGCCUGUGGGACCGGGAUCGUAUCGCCUCUAAUGACUUUAUGGGCGCCGUGCGCCUUUCUCUUGGCACUGGUACAUACAUGGGCGCAAGCGUAAACUGGAUGGACAGCGUGGGCAAGGAGAUAUCGCUGUGGCAGACCAUGAUGCAACGUCCAAACUUCUGGGUCGAAGGCUCUCUGCCCUUACGACCUCAGCUCAAUAAC